AUGUCGACCACCGCGUCGAGUCCGAGCAGUCACAGCGCCCUGCGCGUCGCGACGACGACGUCCACGCGGGCUCUGUCCGCCCGCCACUUGUCUCCACGGGCCGUGCAUCACUCGUCGCGCGCGUUCGCUGACGCCGAGUCAGCAGAGCUAGCAGCGGCGUGUUCUCCGCGUCGACGUGCGCUGAUUGGCCAAAAAGCGACACGAAACGCUUUAAUUUCCGCCAAUAGUGGACGUGCAGAGCAGUUGGUCGACCAUGACGACGAGGAAGGCAAAGCCGCUGAGACAGACGAUAAUGGCCAAGUGGAUACGCUUUUAUACCGUCGAGACGGUCAGACAGACGGUUUAAACAGUCGCACUGUAGACGGUACUGUGCCGACCGAAGCCGUGCAUUUUCUGGACGCGGCUGGAAAACGCACUUACGAGACCGUACUUAACGAGACGGUCAUACCGGUAUCGAAAGAACUGGACGACGGUAAGACCACCGACGAGCUCCUCGAGGAUGGCGAAGGGUGUUUAAUUUGCAUGGACGAGUUCUCGGCUCGACGCAAAGCGUACCCCUUACCGUGUACCGGUCAAUGUACCGGUGCCUACGUGCACUACCGGUGCAUUAUGGCGUGGUUAGGGCAAUCCGGCAGCUGUCCGCUGUGUCGUGGCGCCUGUGACCCGCUGGUGCUGCAGCCGAUGCAGAAGCUCGAGCUGCAGGACGUGACCAAGAUGGCUCUGCAGCCGGUCCCUCUGGAUGCUGGGAUUAUCCGGUGUUACGUGAAGCAGGUGUACCGUGGCCUGUUUAAACAGUACGGCUACGAGCUGUACUUGCAAGGACAGAUUGGGACUCAAGAAGAGGACAAGUUUCUGCUCGCGGCGAGACGUCAAGUGCGUUCGAACAUGACGGCCAACUACACGAUUUGCACGGACAAGGAGUGCACGGACGCCGAGCGCAUUGGACGCAUGGGCUCCAAUUUUCUCGGCACGUGCUUUACACUGUAUGACAAUGGACGAGAUCCACAGAAACUGGCAAAGAUUCAGGAUGCCGUGAGCUCGGACGACGUCGUGGUGCAGAAUGUGCUCCAGAUCCGGGAAGAGCUGGGAUGUGUCACGUACGAACCGAAUCGGACGAGCGUCGGGCCGCGGAAAAUGCGGGUCGUGAUUCCGGAUGUGGACGAAGAAGGCGGGUCUUCGAAGAUUGUACGACCGAUGAGUCGUCAAGAUCGACUCGUCACUCGUCUCUCUUCGGGAGACAUGAAAGACCUGAUGCGCUUUUCGAAUCGGGAGCCUGUGUUCCGUGAAGACUUGGGCGCGUACUGCUUGGACUUUGGUGGACGAGUGUCGAUGGCGUCGGUAAAGAACUUCCAGCUGAUCAGCAGCGAGGACCCGUCGAUGGGCAACAUCCUGCAGUUUGGUCGUGUGGCUGACGACAUGUUUACGAUGGAUUUCCAGUGGCCCCUGUCUCCCUUCCAGGCCUUUUCCAUUUGUCUCAGUAGUUGCGAUACGAAACUCGCUUGUGUCUAG